UUUCUCAUCCUUUCCCUUUCAUCUUUUACUCUCUUUCUUUCCGUUAGAAGGUAACGAAUUUCGAGUAACAAGUUAACCUUAUCCUGGUCACUUUCUAUCAGGACACAACCAUUGGGCGUAUUUCCUCUUUCUCUUCUUACUUUUCUCUCUCUCUCACUUUCUUUCUUCUCUUUCUCUUUAUCAUGAUGAUGAUGAUACAACGAAGUAACUUUAUUGCAACGAAAAAGUUUUUACUUCGAUAUAAUAACAGCCUAAGUCUCGAAACAUUAACCAUUUGAAGUUUACUCAUUGUUGACGUUAGAACUCAUCCCGUUAGUUUUGUCCAUUAGUCUCAUCACAUUCACUCAUUCAUCAUUAUCAUCAUUAACUGGACAACAGCAACUUUGGUCAGUUUAUUAUUAUUAUUGUGCCGUUAAUGUUAAAUUGCCAUUUGAUGUUACAGUUAUAAUCGAGAUCAUCAACAACGACAACAAUAAGGAAGAAGAAAAAACUUUUUUAAAACUUUUCUCUUUUUUUUUUCUCUCUUUCUCCAAAAUAUAUUCGAUGAUCAUUACUAUCAAUAGAUCAAAGACUGUGGGGGUGUAAAGAAAGACAGAUCAAAAACGUUCAAGUUCGAGCGUUGGACUAACGUUUUUCGAAGAUUUUCUAGAAAAUUUCGAAUAGUAAACAAAAUUCGAAGUGAAUUCUCGUUCAGUGACAGAUUGGCCGUUCGAAUUGGAUUCUGUUCUAAUUUUCUUCUUUCUCUUUUUAUUGAACAAUUUUCAACUUCCGUUGCCAAACAAUCAACUUAAUUAUCGACAAUGUUUCCGGUUAAAGUUGUGAUACCAAUAAUUGUUAUCAUUACUCAAUUAGAUUUAAUUCAAUCAAAAGAUGAAUCAAUUUUAUCAAAAUUUGGCUUAGCGUGGGACUCGCUGAUUCCAAGUGAAUCUUAUAAUGCUGAGAAUCGUUAUAUCCAACCAAUUGAGCCGCUCGUUGAUCCUGGUCAUCGAUCUGGACCUUCAAUUGUCCACCACAAUGGUCACUCUCAUUGGGAACCUAUGAUUGUGCCCCAAUCGACGCAAAAUCGUAAAAUAUGGCAACCUUUUGCUUCCGCUUCGAGUUCAGGAUCAGUUGUGAGCGGCGAUCAAACGGAACAGGAAAAGGAAACUGUUGUUGACGAGAAUAAAGGUGAGCCCAGUUCCGAAAAUGUGGACAAACGUUGGCCUCUUAUCGCUAAAGAGAAUAUUGAAUCGGAAAUUUUCCAUGAUGAAUGGAGAACCGAGAAAUCGCCGAUCCUUGGAUUGACCGGUCGUGGACCUGAUUGGAGUAAUGGUGAAGAUCCAUUCUCACGAAUUGAUAAAUCGGUACCACAAAUAUCGACACCUAUUUACCAUCGGGACAUUGAAGAGAUUCGUAAUGAACGGCAGACGGAAAAUGGUUACGAUAAGUCAGUUUCUCGAACAAGUAAAAUCUCUUGGGAUGAUAAGGAAGAGUUCAGAGGUGAAGGUGGAAAUGAGGGUAAACGAGUUGAACCAAUUGUCGAUGAUCGUGAGUCCAUCAUUGUUGGAAGACCAGGUGAAGGUGACGAUCAACCUGUUCGACCUCAAUUCCAAUCGGCUCGAAUUCAAGUUCAACCUGAAAUUGCUCCUCCAGCUUCCCUUUUACCACGAACUCCGUCGAUUCCUCAACCACAAGGUCCACCAUUUUCUCCUCCACAAGCACCAGUGACGAUUAGACCAUCAUCCGUGACAGCCUCAGUUCGUAAUGCUUUAGGUUUAAAUACUGAGAAACCAAGUAAAAAGUACGUUUGGUUUGAAAUGCCAAAGCCCAAGAAAUCAGUCCGUUCACCUUCAGGUCGGUCUGAUGUUACCACUACACAACCACCACGAGAAUUUUUCACUGAAGAUCAAACGGUUCCACCUUCACCAGGCCAAAAGUCGAGAUUAGUUAAGGCGACAAAAGCACCUAAACAACAACAACCUAAAACUAGUAAACCCAAAGUGUCCAAAUCCGUUUGGGGACUAAGAAAAUCAGAAAGUCCAAAAUCAGCUGAUCAACUUGCACCUACAUCGCUACCAAUAGUAGCACCAAAAGUACCGAUAACCCAACCAGAAAUUACAUCUACCCCAAUAAUCACUUCAACUCGAAUUCCCUUCUGGGCUGAACUUGAUUCAUCAACGAAAUCAAAUGAAGAUCUGAUUCGAGAAUGGGAAGUCGUCCCAACCACACCCGCUGUCACAUCCAAUACCAAUGGUGCUCAAAGAGCCAAGAAAAACAAUCUCAAAAAACGCAAAAGCGCAACAUCAACAGCCGAUGGUGUCACAACAACCAGUCAACCAAUUUACUUCCCAACAACAACGACAACAUCACCAACAACCACUGGUUCACCUUUACAGACAUUCAAUCCGUUCAUUGAAACCCAACGACCCAAGGCCAAUCCUGGAACCAAAUCGAGCCGCAAGUCGAGUGCUAAAAAACAAAACGCUGCCUUAACCAAUCCUAACGAUGGAAACUUUAGAUAUGAGACUCGUAUUGACCAUGGAUCUUCACCCUCUUCAUCACCCUCACCAGCCCUUGGUACAAACGACCAGCGAAGUGGCCGAUUACAAACCAAAGGUGGUUCGACGGGUAAGAAAAGUUCUAAAUCAAGUCCAUCGAACAAGAAGAGAGCAAACAAAUCGAAGCAACAAACUUCAGUCUCAUCUCCAUCUUCAUUUACAUCUCUGUCACUUACCCAAUUUGACCCAGUUUCGAAUGGAAACAAAUUCGAUAAACUUAUUCGACCAACAAAUAGUCCAUCUCUCGCCACCGUAACUGUGCCAACAACUGCCAAAAACUUUAUUCCAAUCACGACAACCUUUGCCUCGCCAACAACAACAACCAGAUUCAUCGCACCAACAACAACAUCAUCCUCAUCCUCAUCAUCCUCAUCAUCAUCAUCAUCUCAACAACCAACGACAACUGUACAGACAAUGAUAAAAACACCGACCUCCCCUGCGACAACAUAUCGAUCACUGGGAACAACGAAUCAGCCCAUUAACACGGUCACUCCGACCUUUUCUUCUGACUUUGAAGAAGUAGCGAUUCCCGUUGGUGCCGAUAAUGCAAAAGUACCUGGCGAAGGACUCAGUAAAUCAGCCGCUCUAAUCGCCGGACCAAACUCACGAAACGCAAAUUUACAAACCAAUAUUCCAACCAGCCGAGGGAAAGAAAUACAAAAUGACCUGAAAGAAGUCCCAUUAGAAGACAUUUUACCCGGUAUACCAAACCAAGAUUAUGGUACAUUAAAGACUGUCCCAAAAACGGCCUUUAAAUGUUCAGACCAACAAUAUCCCGGUUAUUAUGGAGACGUUGAGACCAAAUGUCAAGUUUUCCAUAUUUGCCAAUCCGAUGGACGUCAAGACGAUUUUAUCUGUCCCAUUGGUACCGUUUUCAAUCAAAUGUUUUUCGUCUGCGAUUGGUGGAACAACUUCAAGUGCGAGGAAACACCAAAUUACUAUGAAUUGAACGCAAAUUUAUACGAUUACUCAAAAGAGCCCACAAAUACUUCCGGAAACGCAAAUACCAAUAACGAAAAGGAAGUGGCCACAAACCGUUUCGGUGAUAAAAUGCCCUCAACUUCACCAAAUGGAAAGUUAAUCGUUGAAACAGAAUCAAGUUCACCAUCAUCAUCAACAUCAUCAUCGUUAUCAUCAUCAGCUGAUGAACUUCCGAAUACAAGUUCAGUUUAUUUCGUUGACGAUUACAACGAAUCCACAAAAGGUUCAAAGUUAUCGAAUAAAAAAUCGCCACAACGAACAAACCAAGACCAAGAAAAUGUCUCAGCGGCCUUAGAACGGGAAUCAGACCAACCAGCCGAAAGUGUGGAAACAACUCACGAUAAUGAUAACAAUCGUAGAUCACAAAAUAAUAAUGUCAAUAGAAAAUCAAAUUCUGAGCGAAAUGUAAAUUCUGAUGAAGUGGAAUAUUUUUUCAACGAUGAUUCCACCCAAAGGUCACCAUCUUCCUCUUCCCUCUCUCUACAAUCGCCAUCAUCAUCAUCAUCCUCAUCGUCGUCAUCGUCAUCAUUAUCAUCUUUAUCAUCAUCACCUAAAUCAUCAUUUAAUUUAGACGAUCAAUCAACACCAAUUGAUCUUUAAAAAAACAUCAACAACUAACAAUCAAAAUCAAUAGAAAACAAUGUAAACAAUCAAUACAAAUUACUUUUUUUUCUAUUACGUCUUUUAAUUAGAAACUGAAUGUAAUCACUAAUUACAAUCAAUCGUGUUAUCAUCCUAAUCAAUUUAAUUAACUAAAUUUACUUGUAUCACUUUUGAUUGUAAUGAUUAACUUUCCUUUUCGUUGUUUUUUCUACAUAAAUUGUUAAUUAAUCAUCAAGAGAAUCAUCAACAAGGUUAAUCAAUUCAUUUUGUCAAAUUAUCUUUAUCAAUGUUUACAAUUAAAAAUCAUUUUCUCUUUUCUUGUUAAAUCAUUACCUAGUUAAUUAAUUGUCCCAGAAAAUAUUCCAAUCAAAACAAUUAAAACUUUUCUUCAACUACUAUUACGUUGAUUUAAACACUAACACAGUUAGCUGAUUAAAUAGGAACAAUUAAUUAAGAUGAGAAUGUGUCACCUUAAUCAACCAACAUGAUAAAGAUGAAAGUUAAUAUUUGAUUUAAAUUUUCUGAAAUAACAUUGAUGAACAAUUAACGUUGUUAAUUAGAUUAAUUGGUGUCAGUAAAAGUCAAGUAAACUCAGCUUGACAAUAUAACUGAAUAACUUUUGGUAUAAAUAAAAGGGAGGACAAUUGAAUUUUCAUCAACACUCAAAACCAAUUUACCAUCGAGUUAACAUCGUAAUUGUAAUUGUAACAAGUGAAAAAUUCAAAACUCAAUUAAAAUGAACAAAUUAAUCUUUACCUUUGUAUUACUCUCAUCGUUGGUAUUGUUCAACGUUCAAGCUCAAGACAGUGGAGGUUCUGCUGUAGCAUCAAGUAGUUCUGGUUCUUCCGCUGGUGGGGAUCAAGCUCAAGCUGCCGCUGUUGCUGGUUCUUCCGCUGGAGGAGAUCAAAAUGGACCAGAUUCAAAAGUUGACUCUGGUCCCUCUGAAGGAAGUCAAGGCGUCCCUUCCACCUUUCCAAUGUCAGCCAUGGGAACGCCUUCUACCACUGAUGGGGCCAAACCUCCCAUGGGUCCAGGUUUACCAGGUAUGGGUGGUAUGAUGAAUUCCAUGCAAAUGAUAAUGCCAAAAAUGAUGAAAGUGAUGAAUCAAAUGAUCAAAUGUUGUAUGGAGCUGAUGAAUACGCUUAUGUCACCGAUGUAAUCAGUCAAUGAUAAUUUGCGACCUACGAGUCAAAAUUUAAGAAAAGAAGAAAAUUGAAUCUUGAAAACCUUAAAACUGUAAACCUAUUUAAUUUUACUCUGAAUCGGUUGAAAAUGAUUUACAAAUGAAUCCAUUCUCAUGGUAAAAAUAAAAUAACUAUUAUCACAAA